AAUUUAGAUUUUUUAGUAUACUGAUAAUUAUGUUUGGAAAUAACAAUCUUACACCAAGAUGUUUUGAUGAGAUUAAUACAGACAAUAAACUUAUACAAACGAAUCAUCCCGUAUCAUAUAAAUCUUCAAAGUUAAAUAUCAACUUAGAAGAUUCAAGAAAUAUAAACAAUAAUCUACCUAUUGAUCCUUCACAAACAUUAUCUAAAUCUUUAGAACUUAGUCGUCAACGUGUUUCAUUAUUAUUAGAAAUAAACACACUUCUUCUACAGAAAUGUAUAGAACUUCAGAAUACAGAAAACACUAAAAAAGAACAUUCAGAAGCAUCAGAAUCAACGAUGACAGGAUGUAUUCAACGUCUUCAAACAAAUCUUUCUUAUCUUGCAGCAGUUGCAGACAAAUCCUACAGAAGUGAAGAAAAUUAUUUGUAUAAAAAUCCUAUAAUAUUUUCGCCACCAUUAAACGUCUAUUCACUUGUUGAACACUAUGAAAAACUAAAAUCUCUUUUUUAAUCAAGCCCCCUCCCCUUCUAUAUAAUUUCCAU